AUGCCGAUCCGUCCCCCUGGCAACCCUCACCCGGUCAGCGAGCCGACCCUUCGCUCGGUCUUUUGGGACCUUAACCAUCUGGCCAUGGGACACUGGGGUACCGGAUAUGAAUACCUCCACACCUUUGACCAUGCAUUCCAGACAUGGUGUCGGCAGGCCGGCAUCGACCCCGAUACUCCGUUUCGCGCCAACGGCAGGAUCUUGCCCAUCGUUCCGCUGGGUAGUAGCGAAGAAGCGCGCAAGGAAAGCUAUGUCACCGUGGGUGGCGUGAAGACUUUCCGCACCGAGGUCCAAGCAGCAGAGGUUCAUGGACGCUCGAAGGCUAAGGUCAUGGUCAUUUACACAGACCCAUCGGAUAUUCCACCUACGCCCAAGUCGCCUGCUUAA